AUGGAUGAUGAUGAGGAAGGAGAGUGCCCCGCUCCGUCCCGGGUGAAGAGACAUUCGAAUGUAUCGUGUGUGACAGAUGAGGACUGCGGGAGCUGGGAACAAUGCUGCGACAUGGGCUGCGGAAGGAAAUGUGUUCACAGCAGCUCACUGCACAAGGGAGAGUCCCAGUGCCCACACAGCCGUACCCUGGGCAAGGUCUGUAACAUGACGUUAGGAGAUGAGUGUGAGGCUGAUACUGACUGUGACCGUUGGCAAAUGUGCUGUGACGCUGGCUGUGGAAAAAGAUGUGUUUUCCGAUUCUUCAAAGGAGAGAAUGGGAGCUGCCCGGAUGCCAGGCGCCUUACCCCGAUGUGCAAUGUUAACUACGGCCAGGAGUGUACAAAUGACGAUGACUGUGAUCUGUGGCUCUCGUGCUGUGAGGCCGGAUGUGGGAAGAGAUGUGUCCAUCGGUAUCACAAACGCGGAAAGCGAGACGCAGAGUGUCCCAAACCAUUCCAGAUGCAACAUAUCUGUGACCGGGACGAUGCCGAGGAGUGUGAGGUAGACGAGGACUGCGCAAGGUGGAAGCAGUGCUGUAACGUCGGGAACUGCGGCAAACGCUGCGUCUAUGGGGUCCACAGGCAAGAGGAAGCCUUUGAAUGUCCAGCAGAAUCUCGUCUCCAGCCCAUUUGUCAGAUGAAACUGGGCUCUCAAUGUUCCACUGAUGACGACUGUGAUAUCUGGCAAAAGUGUUGUGAGACUGGAUGUGGGAGGAGAUGUAUCAUGAGCUUCAAGCCUGGAGUGUCUCCUAAAGGCCAAGGAUCCACAUGUCCGGACACGACCAGACUGCAUUAUGUCUGUCGGAUGAACUUCACCGCCCCCUGCGAUGGAGACGAUUCCUGUGGUCACUGGGCAUCGUGCUGUAACACGGAAUGUGGACCUCGAUGUGUGUCACAGUGGUUUGCGAGAAAGCCUGCUGACCAGUGCCCAGAGGAGGACAGCCUCUCCAUGUUCUGUCAGAUCAGCACCGGGCGUUCCUGUAAUGACAACGGGGACUGUGAUGGAUACCACUCGUGUUGUGAUGCUGACUGUGGGAAGAAAUGCAUCCCAAAGUGUUUCACAGGAGAGAACAGAACCUGUCCCAUUGCAAGGAGGCUGACGAUGUUGUGCAACACGACCCUGGGAAAAGACUGCAAGAACGACACGCAGUGCGACGUGUGGCAGAGGUGCUGCCUGGCCAAGGGCUGCGGUGGGAAAUGUGUCCCAACAUUCAUCAGGAAAUUUUUGCGAAAGAAAUGCCCAGAACAUUCCCGUGUGUCUUUCCUCUGCAAGAAAAACCGGACUCGAUCGUGUGAGGAUGAUGAUGAUUGUCCUUCCUAUGAACAGUGCUGUGAGAUUGGAUGUGGCAAGAAAUGUGUCUCCUCAUUCAGGCAAGGUGAGAGACCCGGAGAGUGCUCAAGCCCAAGUCAACUGAGCUAUGUGUGUAACACAACUCUGGGCAAGGAAUGUAGAAACGAGAGCGACUGUGGCAGAUGGGGCACGUGCUGCUCUACCCCGUGUGGGCCAAGAUGUGUCCUCAGGCAUUUCAGAAAUGACGACGGGCAGUGCCCACGCCCAGACCAUCUUGCCCGUGUGUGUAACUGCACUUUUGGGAAGAUGUGUGAGUCGGACCAGGAUUGUGCAGGAUCACAAAGAUGCUGUGAUGCUGGGUGUCAGAAACGUUGUGUCCUGUCGUUCUACAGAAAGUCUCAUGGAGACUCGUGGAAAUCUGAGGAAUGUCCUAAGCCGUCCUCCCUGGAUCGUGCCUGCAGGAUGAAUCACAGCGCCUCGUGUGGAGAUGAUGGGGAUUGUGGCAAGUGGAGGUCAUGUUGUGAGACACCUUGUGGUAGACGCUGUGUCCACCCCUUCAUGGGGCAGAGCAGGAGUUUGUCCGUCUCAGAUCGGACAUCUGGAAUGUGUCCUUCUCCUGCUCGCCUCUCUGCCGUGUGUAACCUGAAGUACGGUGAGCUGUGUGAGGAAGAUAAUGACUGCUACGCAUGGCAGAUGUGCUGCAACACCAGCUGUGGGCAACGCUGUGUCCAUUCCUACCGCAGCAGGGGGAGUGAACAAAGGUGUCCCUCACCUUCCAGACUGAGCCACGUCUGUACCAUGAGUUUCCACACUCAGUGCAAUGAGGACAGCGACUGCGAGGGCUGGCAAACCUGCUGCAAUACCACCUGUGGGAACAGAUGUGUCUUCAAGUUCCUGUCCAGACCGACCCAGUGCCCUGCCUCCACCCGCUUGGACCCAUUCUGUGAGAUGAAGUUGGGAGACGUGUGUCAGAAUGACACUGACUGCCAUGCCUGGUCAUCAUGCUGCAAUGCCACCUGUGGAAAGAGAUGUGUACCUCGUUUCCUCAUGAGCCGUGAUGAUACCUGUCCUGCUCCCCACCGCCUGGAGCCCAUGUGUGACCUGAAACUCGGAGAUCGUUGCAGCGGAGAUGAAGACUGUGAUGCCUGGCAGAGCUGCUGUGAGAGCACAUGUGGAAACAUCUGUAUCCCCAGUUUCAUGGAUGAUGAUGAGGAAGGAGAGUGCCCCGCUCCGUCCCGGGUGAAGAGACAUUCGAAUGUAUCGUGUGUGACAGAUGAGGACUGCGGGAGCUGGGAACAAUGCUGCGACAUGGGCUGCGGAAGGAAAUGUGUUCACAGCAGCUCACUGCACAAGGGAGAGUCCCAGUGCCCACACAGCCGUACCCUGGGCAAGGUCUGUAACAUGACGUUGGGAGAUGAGUGUGAGGCUGAUACUGACUGUGACCGUUGGCAAAUGUGCUGUGACGCUGGCUGUGGAAAAAGAUGUGUUUUCCGAUUCUUCAAAGGAGAGAAUGGGAGCUGCCCGGAUGCCAGGCGCCUUACCCCGAUGUGCAAUGUUAACUACGGCCAGGAGUGUACAAAUGACGAUGACUGUGAUCUGUGGCUCUCGUGCUGUGAGGCCGGAUGUGGGAAGAGAUGUGUCCAUCGGUAUCACAAACGCGGGAAGCGAGACGCAGAGUGUCCCAAACCAUUCCAGAUGCAACAUAUCUGUGACCGGGACGAUGCCGAGGAGUGUGAGGUAGACGAGGACUGCGCAAGGUGGAAGCAGUGCUGUAACGUCGGGAACUGCGGCAAACGCUGCGUCUAUGGGGUCCACAGGCAAGAGGAAGCCUUUGAAUGUCCAGCAGAAUCUCGUCUCCAGCCCAUUUGUCAGAUGAAACUGGGCUCUCAAUGUUCCACUGAUGACGACUGUGAUAUCUGGCAAAAGUGUUGUGAGACUGGAUGUGGGAGGAGAUGUAUCAUGAGCUUCAAGCCUGGAGUGUCUCCUAAAGGCCAAGGAUCCACAUGUCCGGACACGACCAGACUGCAUUAUGUCUGUCGGAUGAACUUCACCGCUCCCUGCGAUGGAGACGAUUCCUGUGGUCACUGGGCAUCGUGCUGUAACACGGAAUGUGGACCUCGAUGUGUGUCACAGUGGUUUGCGAGAAAGCCUGCUGACCAGUGCCCAGAGGAGGACAGCCUCUCCAUGUUCUGUCAGAUCAGCACCGGGCGUUCCUGUAAUGACAACGGGGACUGUGAUGGAUACCACUCGUGUUGUGAUGCUGGCUGUGGGAAGAAAUGCAUCCCAAAGUGUUUCACAGGAGAGAACAGAACCUGUCCCAUUGCAAGGAGGCUGACGAUGUUGUGCAACACGACCCUGGGAAAAGACUGCAAGAACGACACGCAGUGCGACGUGUGGCAGAGGUGCUGCCUGGCCAAGGGCUGCGGUGGGAAAUGUGUCCCAACAUUCAUCAGGAAAUUUUUGCGAAAGAAAUGCCCAGAACAUUCCCGUGUGUCUUUUCUCUGCAAGAAAAACCGGACUCGAUCGUGUGAGGAUGAUGAUGAUUGUCCUUCCUAUGAACAGUGCUGUGAGAUUGGAUGUGGCAAGAAAUGUGUCUCCUCAUUCAGGCAAGGUGAGAGACCCGGAGAGUGCUCAAGCCCAAGUCAACUGAGCUAUGUGUGUAACACAACUCUGGGCAAGGCAUGUAGAAACGAGAGCGACUGUGGCAGAUGGGGCACGUGUUGCUCCACCCCAUGUGGGCCAAGAUGUGUCCUCAGGCAUUUCAGAAAUGACGACGGGCAGUGCCCACGCCCAGACCAUCUUGCCCGUGUGUGUAACUGCACUUUUGGGAAGGUGUGUGAGUCGGACCAGGAUUGUGCAGGAUCACAAAGAUGCUGUGAUGCUGGGUGUCAGAAACGUUGUGUCCUGUCGUUCUACAGAAAGUCUCAUGGAGACUCGUGGAAAUCUGAGGAAUGUCCGAAUCCGUCCUGCCUGGAUCGUGCCUGCAGGAUGAAUCACAGCGUCUCGUGUGGAGAUGAUGGGGAUUGUGGCAAGUGGAGGUCAUGUUGUGAGACACCUUGUGGUAGACGCUGUGUCCACCCCUUCAUGGGGCAGAGCAGGAGUUUGUCAGUCUCAGAUCGGACAUCUGGAAUGUGUCCUUCUCCUGCUCGCCUCUCUGCCGUGUGUAACCUGAAGUACGGUGAGCUGUGUGAGGAAGAUAAUGACUGCUACGCAUGGCAGAUGUGCUGCAACACCAGCUGUGGGCGUCGCUGUGUCCAUUCCUACCGCAGCAGGGGGAGCGAACAAAGGUGUCCCUCACCUUCCAGACUGAGCCACGUCUGUACCAUGAGUUUCCACACUCAGUGCAAUGAGGACAUCGACUGCGAGGGCUGGCAAACCUGCUGCAAUACCACCUGUGGGAACAGAUGUGUCUUCAAGUUCCUGUCCAGACCGACCCAGUGCCCUGCCUCCACCCGCUUGGACCCAUUCUGUGAGAUGAAGUUGGGAGACGUGUGUCAGAAUGACACUGACUGCCAUGCCUGGUCAUCAUGCUGCAAUGCCACCUGUGGAAAGAGAUGUGUACCUCGUUUCCUCAUGAGCCGUGAUGAUACCUGUCCUGCUCCCCACCGCCUGGAGCCCAUGUGUGACCUGAAACUCGGAGAUCGUUGCAGCGGAGAUGAAGACUGUGAUGCCUGGCAGAGCUGCUGUGAGAGCAAAUGUGGAAAUAUCUGUAUCCCCAGUUUCAUGGAUGAUGAUGAGGAAGGAGAGUGCCCCGCUCCGUCCCGGGUGAAGAGGCAUUCGAAUGUAUCGUGUGUGACAGAUGAGGACUGCGGGAGCUGGGAACAAUGCUGCGACAUGGGCUCUGGGAGGAAAUGUGUUCACAGCAGCUCACUGCACAAGGGAGAGUCUCAGUGCCCACACAGCCGUACCCUGGGCAAGGUCUGUAACAUGACGUUGGGAGAUGAGUGUGAGGCUGAUACUGACUGUGACCGUUGGCAAAUGUGCUGUGACGCUGGCUGUGGAAAAAGAUGUGUUUUCCGAUUCUUCAAAGGAGAGAAUGGGAGCUGCCCGGAUGCCAGGCGCCUUACCCCGAUGUGCAAUGUUAACUACGGCCAGGAGUGUACAAAUGACGAUGACUGUGAUCUGUGGCUCUCGUGCUGUGAGGCCGGAUGUGGGAAGAGAUGUGUCCAUCGGUAUCACAAACGCGGGAAGCGAGACGCAGAGUGUCCCAAACCAUUCCAGAUGCAACAUAUCUGUGACCGGGACGAUGCCGAGGAGUGUGAGGUAGACGAGGACUGCGCAAGGUGGAAGCAGUGCUGUAACGUCGGGAACUGCGGCAAACGCUGCGUCUAUGGGGUCCACAGGCAAGAGGAAGCCUUUGAAUGUCCAGCAGAAUCUCGUCUCCAGCCCAUUUGUCAGAUGAAACUGGGCUCUCAAUGUUCCACUGAUGACGACUGUGAUAUCUGGCAAAAGUGUUGUGAGACUGGAUGUGGGAGGAGAUGUAUCAUGAGCUUCAAGCCUGGAGUGUCUCCUAAAGGCCAAGGAUCCACAUGUCCGGACACGACCAGACUGCAUUAUGUCUGUCGGAUGAACUUCACCGCUCCCUGCGAUGGAGACGAUUCCUGUGGUCACUGGGCAUCGUGCUGUAACACGGAAUGUGGACCUCGAUGUGUGUCACAGUGGUUUGCGAGAAAGCCUGCUGACCAGUGCCCAGAGGAGGACAGCCUCUCCAUGUUCUGUCAGAUCAGCACCGGGCGUUCCUGUAAUGACAACGGGGACUGUGAUGGAUACCACUCGUGUUGUGAUGCUGGCUGUGGGAAGAAAUGCAUCCCAAAGUGUUUCACAGAAGAGAACAGAACCUGUCCCAUUGCAAGGAGGCUGACGAUGUUGUGCAACACGACCCUGGGAAAAGACUGCAAGAACGACACGCAGUGCGACGUGUGGCAGAGGUGCUGCCUGGCCAAGGGCUGCGGUGGGAAAUGUGUCCCAACAUUCAUCAGGAAAUUUUUGCGAAAGAAAUGCCCAGAACAUUCCCGUGUGUCUUUUCUCUGCAAGAAAAACCGGACUCGAUCGUGUGAGGAUGAUGAUGAUUGUCCUUCCUAUGAACAGUGCUGUGAGAUUGGAUGUGGCAAGAAAUGUGUCUCCUCAUUCAGGCAAGGUAAGGAUUAUGGUCUGACAGAGUGUCAGUAG